AUAAAAAAACUACAAUUUUAUGGGUUUAUUAAGUGCAAAUAAUCACUGUACCCAAUUCCAGCAAAACUCCAGCACCGUGCCUGGGCAGCGAUUAUUCAGCCGGGGUUAUCAUAUCAUUACGGAGCCCGUAAUUCCCAGCCCGGCUGCGGCUGUGAGCCCGCGAAGGCCCCUCUCCCACCCAAUGCUGCAGUCGGGGAUUGGUGAAGCGCAGCGCUCGGUUGGCUUAUUCCUGACCAGCCUCUGCUUUGUGUCUGUACCGCAGGUGAGGAAGAGGAGGAACCGAGGAGCCCCCAGAUCCAGGCUGCAGCCGCUCCCGCGCCGCCGAGGCAGCCUGCGGAGCCACCCACCCGGCUACGGGAGGCCUGAGCGCCACAGCCCGGGACCGGCGGCCGGGGGCGCCAGCCCUCCAUGUUACGCAGAGGGCGCACAUGUGAGCCGGCGGGAGUGGGGAAGCCCUCCGCCCCCGCCAGGGGGCCCCGGGAAGCCCGCGCGGCGCCUCCCGCGGACUGCGGGGAUCCCCGCCGGCCCCGCCCCGUGCUCCCCCGGCCCGAGCCCGCGGUUAACCCUGUCCGCGCCGCGGCGCACUGGGGCUGGAGCGCGGGAGCCCGGUCCCACGCUGGGGCUCCAGGCGCGGCUGCUGCGGGGAGCUCCCCGCGCUGGGCCGACCUGCUCCCCUGGGCCCGAAGCUGGGGUCGCUUCCCCGGGUUUCACCUAAACGCCGCGGCACUGGCAUCGCUAGUCGCCAAACUUUUCUCCCCAAGGCCGGCGCCCCCGCAGUUACUCGGCGGGCCGCUUGCAGGCCACUCCGCGCGGGAUGGUCUUACGGGGCGGCGGGCGGAGCGGCGGGGUCUCCAGUCCGGGGCUGGGCAGCCGCGCGUGCUGCAGGCCCGAGAGCAGGGAUCGCCGUGGUCCACACCCGCGGGGGGCGGCGGCGCGCAGGGAGCGCGCGGCUCUGCCCAUCCCCCGGGGCGGCUGCGCCGCGUGGGGCUCGCGGUCUCCAGCAGUGCUGCGAGUCAGCAGGCGGAGCCCCCGGCCCGCGCUCCCCAGGGCUUUCCUUUGCGCGCACCCCUCCCAGUCUCCCUCACAGGCGCUCCCCUAACCCGCGCGCGCCGCAAACUCCGUCCCGGUCCCCGCAGGUGAUGUCAUGCCCAUUGUUUUGGUGCGCCCAGCCAAUCGGACUCGCCGCCUCAAUUCUACCGGAGCCGGCAUGGGCCCUUCCUCGCACCAGCAGCCGGAGUCCCCGCUCCCGACCAUAACGCAUUGCGCAGGGUGCACCACCGCCUGGUCUCCCUGCAGCUUUAACGGCUCUGACAUGGAAACCCCAUUGCAGUUCCAGCGCGGCUUCUUCCCAGAGCAGCCGCCACCGCCGCGCUCCUCACACCUGCAUUGCCAGCAGCAGCAACAGAGCCAGGACAAGCCGUGCCCACCCUUCGCGCCCCUCCCGCACCCGCACCCGCACCACCACCCGCACCUCGCGCACCAGCCGCCCGGCAGCGGCGGCAGCAGCCCAUGCCUCCGGUGCAACAGCUGCGCCUCCUCCGGUGCCCUGGCGGCGGGGGCGGGGGCUGGGGCGGGGGAUAACCUGUCCCUGCUGCUCCGCACCUCCUCGCCCGGCGGCGCCUUCCGGACCCGCACCUCCUCUCCGCUGUCGGGCUCGUCGUGCUGCUGCUGCUGCUCGUCGCGCCGGGGCAGCCAGCUCAAUGUGAGCGAGCUGACGCCGUCCAGCCAUGCCAGUGCGCUCCGGCAGCAGCCCGCGCAGCAGCCCGCGUCCGCCUCCCAGUACCACCAGUGCCACAGCCUGCAGCCCGCCGCCAGCCCCACGGGCAGCCUCGGCAGCCUGGGCUCGGGGCCGCCGCUCGCGCACCACCACCACCACCACCCCGCGCACCCGGCGCACCACCAGCUUCACCAGCCCCAGGCGCGACGCGAGAGCAACCCUUUCACCGAAAUAGCCAUGAGCAGCUGCAGGUACAACGGGGGCGUUAUGCGGCCGCUCAGCAACUUGAGCGCGUCCCGCCGGAACCUGCACGAGAUGGACUCGGAGGCGCAGCCCCUACAGCCGCCCGCGUCCGUCGGAGGAGGUGGCGGCGCGUCCUCCCCGUCCGCAGCCGCCGCCGCCGCCUCGUCCUCAGCCCCGGAGAUCGUGGUGUCCAAGCCGGAGCACAACAACUCCAACAACCUGGCGCUCUACGGAACUGGCGGCGGAGGCAGCACCGGAGGCGGUGGCGGUGGCAGCGGGCACGGCAGCAGCAGCGGCGCGAAAUCCAGCAAAAAGAAGAACCAGAACAUCGGCUACAAGCUGGGCCACCGGCGCGCCCUGUUUGAGAAGCGCAAGCGGCUCAGUGACUACGCGCUCAUCUUCGGCAUGUUCGGCAUCGUGGUCAUGGUCAUCGAGACCGAGCUGUCGUGGGGCGCCUACGACAAGGCGUCGCUGUAUUCCUUAGCUCUGAAAUGCCUUAUCAGUCUCUCCACGAUCAUCCUGCUCGGUCUGAUCAUUGUGUACCACGCCAGGGAAAUACAGUUAUUCAUGGUGGACAAUGGAGCAGAUGACUGGAGAAUAGCCAUGACUUAUGAGCGUAUUUUCUUCAUCUGCUUGGAAAUACUGGUGUGUGCUAUUCAUCCCAUACCUGGGAAUUACACGUUCACAUGGACAGCCCGGCUUGCCUUCUCCUAUACCCCUUCCACUACCACUGCUGAUGUGGACAUUAUUUUAUCUAUACCAAUGUUCUUAAGACUCUACCUGAUUGCCAGAGUCAUGCUUUUACAUAGCAAACUGUUCACUGAUGCCUCCUCUAGAAGCAUUGGAGCACUUAAUAAGAUAAACUUCAAUACGCGUUUUGUUAUGAAGACUUUAAUGACUAUAUGCCCAGGAACUGUGCUCUUGGUUUUUAGUAUCUCAUUAUGGAUAAUUGCUGCAUGGACUGUCCGAGCUUGUGAAAGGUACCAUGAUCAGCAAGAUGUUACUAGCAACUUCCUUGGAGCAAUGUGGUUGAUUUCAAUAACGUUUCUCUCCAUUGGUUACGGUGAUAUGGUACCUAAUACAUACUGUGGGAAAGGAGUCUGUUUGCUUACAGGAAUUAUGGGUGCAGGUUGCACAGCCCUGGUGGUAGCUGUUGUGGCAAGAAAGCUAGAACUUACCAAAGCAGAAAAGCAUGUGCACAAUUUCAUGAUGGAUACUCAGCUGACUAAAAGAGUGAAAAAUGCAGCUGCCAAUGUACUCAGGGAAACAUGGCUAAUUUACAAAAAUACAAAGCUAGUAAAAAAGAUAGACCAUGCAAAAGUACGAAAACAUCAGCGAAAAUUCUUGCAAGCUAUUCAUCAAUUACGAAGUGUAAAAAUGGAGCAGAGGAAACUGAAUGACCAAGCAAAUACCUUGGUGGAUCUGGCAAAGACCCAGAACAUCAUGUAUGACAUGAUUUCUGACUUAAAUGAAAGGAGUGAAGACUUUGAGAAGAGGAUUGUUACCCUAGAAACAAAAUUAGAGACUUUGAUUGGUAGCAUCCAUGCCCUCCCUGGGCUCCUCAGCCAGACCAUCCGACAGCAGCAGAGAGAUUUCAUCGAGGCUCAGAUGGACAACUAUGACAAGCAUGUCACCUACAAUGCUGAGCGGUCCCGGUCCUCAUCCAGGAGGCGGCGGUCCUCCUCUACAGCGCCACCAACUUCAUCAGAGAGUAGCUAGAAGAGAAUAAGUUAACCACAAAAUAAGACUUUUUGCCAUCAUAUGGUCAAUAUUUUAGCUUUUAUUGUAAAGCCCCUAUGGUUCUAAUCAGCGUUAUCCGGGUUCUGAUGUCAGAAUCCUGGGAACCUGAACACUAAGUUUUAGGCCAAAAUGAGUGAAAACUCUUUUUUUUUUUUCUUUCAGAUGCACAGGGAAUGCACCUAUUAUUGCUAUAUAGAUUGUUCCUCCUGUAAUUUCACUAACUUUUUAUUCAUGCACUUCAAACAAACUUUACUACUACAUUAUAUGAUAUAUAAUAAAAAAAGUUAAUUUCUGCACAUA